AUGGCCAUGGGAGCGAUUUAUGCAGCAUUGAGGGUGUCCCGAGUCCAGCCAAUCGAAAAAUAUGGUGUUCAAAUCUGGCUCGUCUGCCAAUUCCCUGCCGCGGGAGGACACCCAUCUGCUGUCCGGCGCCAGAAAGCUCCACGCCUCUCGUCCCAGACCAAGACCUUCGCCAACGUCGGCGCCGGCGUACUUAGCCUCCCGUACACUUUCAUGCGCACCGGAUGUCUGACCAGCCUCGUCACCGUCUUCCUCGUCGCCGCCCUCACCUACGACUGCAUGAUGCUCCUCAUCCACACCCGUCGCAAGCUCGAGGACUCCGCCGCCUGCGCCUUCACAAAGAUCUCAUCUUUCGGAGAUCUAGGGUUGGCCGUCUGUGGGCCCAUCGCCAGGUUCAUCGUCGAUGCACUGAUCGUCCUCUCCCAAGCCGGAUUCUGCAUCGGCAUACCUUACCUUCAUCGACAACACGCUCACCAGCCUUUUCGACUUUUCCUCCGCCGCAAGCCCUACAAUUUUAGGACUAGUCGAUUGAAACUAUAA